CCAUUAUUGCUUUAGUAUGCUAUGAUCGUUUGUGGAAAGCGCAUCUAAAAUUGCUACUAAUUAUUUAUUAUAUUUUUUAAAUAAGCCAUGACUUUUCUACGAAAUUUAUGUCAAAGGACUUUAGCAACGAAUUUACGUGCAUAUUCUGUGAAAGCGAUUAUUAAGAAACCGCCAAAAAUUUUGAUUACCGGUGGCCUCGGACAACUUGGUGUAGAGUGUGCAAAAUAUUUAAGAAGGAAAUAUGGUCAAGAAAAUGUUAUCCUAUCGGAUAUAAUCCAGCCAUCCGCAGAAGUUGUUAACGAUGGCCCAUAUAUAUUUGCUGAUAUUUUAGAUUUUAAGGGACUCCAAAAAAUAGUUGUGGAUCACAGAGUGGACUGGCUGAUACAUUUCUCAGCUCUGCUUAGUGCCAUUGGCGAACAAAACGUCCCACUAGCUGUUAGGGUUAAUAUAGAAGGCAUGCAUAAUGUAAUUGAACUGGCGAAACAGUAUAAACUAAGAAUUUUUGUACCAAGUACAAUUGGGGCUUUCGGGCCCGACUCACCGAGAAACCCUACGCCGAACAUCACUGUGCAGAGGCCUAGAACAAUUUACGGAGUUUCGAAAGUGCAUGCGGAACUAUUAGGAGAAUAUUAUUAUCAUAAGUUCGGUUUAGAUUUCCGUUGUCUCAGAUUUCCUGGUGUUAUUUCCAGUGACCCACCUGGUGGUGGUACUACAGAUUACGCCAUAGCGAUAUUCCACGACAUCUUACGUAAGGGCCACUACCAAUGUUACCUGAAACCAGACACAAGGCUUCCUAUGAUGCAUGUUAAAGACGCUCUACAAGCCCUCUCAAACUUCUUGGAAGCCCCAAACGAAUUACUCAAUAGGCGUGUGUACAAUGUCACAUCCAUGAGUUUCACUCCCGAAGAAUUAGCUGAGAAAAUAAUAAAAUAUGUCCCUGAAUUCAACAUAACGUACCAACCUGAUAGUAGACAAGAUAUAGCCGACUCUUGGCCUCAAGUAUUUGACGAUAGCGAAGCAAGGAGGGACUGGAAUUGGCAGCCCUCCGUGGACUUGGACAACCUCGUCGAGCUCAUGAUAAAGGAAGUCAAGGAGAAGAUAGCUGCCAAUGAUUGUUAAAACUGUAUAAUACGUAUUUCCGUUUUACCACUUUUUAAAACUGAAUCUAUACUUGGUAUAAAUAAUAUCUCAGAAUAGCACUUAAGUUGUAAAGGGUAUUAAUGUAAAUAGCUUCUCUUUGCUGGACACAUUUUGAAGUGAAACUUCUUUAGCAAGUUGAAAGUAAAAUUUCGAGGUCGUGUCAUAGCAAUACCGUCAUGUCAUGGAUCAAGGCGACGAUUUUAGUAUCUUUGUAUCCUACCAAAGAAGUUUCACUUGGUCGGCAGUCACGCUCUUUUUUGUAACGAGCUUAAAUAAAAGGACCUAAAUAUUUAUAUGCAAAAUAAAAAACGUAUUUAAACAAAUGCAUUUAUUUUGAAUCCAAUAACCAAUAAAUCUUAAUUACACUUUCAGUUAGUACGCCUUGUAAUUAUACAAAAUUUACAAACAUAUAUCCGAUAUAUCCAUUUGUUACUUAAAAUACAUAUAAUAAAAUAAAGUUUCAGUGAUGUUCACAAUAAUAUUACGUAGGUAAUUAAAAAAGUUAAUGUGCAACGUAUAACACUUCGAUCAAAUAUACUUAUUAAGCAUAAGUGUCAGCUCUUAAUAAGUGUUCAAACAAAUUUAAUUAAUUCAAUUUGUCUUCGUUCUGUUUUCAGACCAUACGUUACACAUUGGACAUAAUAAUAUAUUAUGCGUGUGUGUAGACUCAUAUAGUACGAUUCAAACUUAAUGGCGGCUCGGAGCAUCGUACGAUCCGAUGCGCAGAAAACAAUUUUAGGUAUUAGUGGGACGUUAAGGGACCUGUGCGCUUCCGCACUCGCACCUACACCUAACUAGAACCUUGGCCCGCCUCGUCAAAGAAAAUUUCAGCGCGGU